AUGGCGUCUGAAACGCAGUACGAAGCCAACUUCUCCUUCCCCUGGCGGGAUCUCGAGAACGACCGCGUCAAGGUCGUGCUAUUCAACCCAGCUGUACACGGGGCGGAGUACUGGGCAGGCACGAAAGACCACCCCGAGGUGUACGACUACCUACCAUGGGGCCCCUUCCCUUCACUCGACAGCUUCGUGCACUACAUCGACCAGCGCUUCAAUAUCUCCCCAUCCUAUCUCGUCCUCGCUGUCCUCGACAAGACAUCCCCCGGAACACCGCUCGCAGGGCUCGUAGGCUUUCUCUACGCCGAGCCUAGCAAUCUCUCACUCGAAGUCGGGAUCCUCAUCUGUCUCCCCGCGUUCCAACGCCGACGCAUCACGUACGCGGCCGUCGCCCUGCUCCUGCAGUACUCCCUCAACCUGCCCACGGACGGCGGUCUGGGGCUGCGGCGGGUACAGUACCAGGCGAACAGCAACAACGUGAAGUCCGUUGGCUUCGCGAAGAAGAUGGGCUUUCACUUGGAGGGGAUUAUACGCUGGCAGAGGGUGCUGGACGGGUCCAAGCCCGGGAACGGGAAGGCGGCGAGAGAGGGCGAUCCGAAGCCUGGUACGGUCGGGAGGGAUACAGCGUUAUUGAGCUUGUGCUGGGAUGAUUGGGAGGAGGGGAAGAAGGACGCCAUCUGCCAGCCGGAAUAUGUCCUGUAUAGGUCCUGACAGCGUGCAAGCGCUAGGCGCAAGCAAGUGCGGAGCAGGAAUAGUAGAAAUAGACUCGAACGAAGCUGACGUCAGUAGAACACGCCAGUGUUGCCACAACGAACGAUCGUCGGAAACGACACUUGCGUCGUACCAGGCCCAUAGGUGCUAUGUCCUGAUGAUCAGACGCGAGCAGCUUUCCACGACGGUCUGUCAGACUGCGCUCCGUGGUGCUUUGCUCCGUCCGCAGGACCCCAACACAAUGC